AUGGCCGACUCCUCUGUCCCCCCCAGCGAAAGCCCCGAGGCUACGGCCAAGGAACAGGCCCGCGCCAUCGGGUCGUCGCAACGAUGGACCGGCGACGUCGACACGCGAUGGGGCGACCUGCUGCUCCUGGUGUGUUUCCUCGUCGCGGGCCUGGUCGACAGCGCCGCCUUCAACAUGUACGGCUGCUUCGUCAGUAUGCAGACCGGAAACACCAUCUUCGUCGGCUUGGGCGUUAGCGGCCAGCCCGAGAACCUGCCCGGCAAGGCGUGGUCCCGCUGUCUUCUCGCCAUUGUCUGCUUCGCCAUCGGAGCGCUCUUCUUCUCGAGCUUCCACCGCUAUUUCGGCCCCCAGAAGCGCUGGGUCCUCGCGGCGUCUUUCCUGCUGCAGGCGCUUAUCACGGGCAUCGUCGCUAUCCUCGCCACCACGGGAGCUGUCCACAACACGCCGACGGGGCGGACCACGAUCCACCGGGAUGGCCUCAUCAUCGAGACCGUCGAGGACGCGUUCCCCUGGUCCGACUACGCGCCCAUCACCCUCCUCGCAUUCCAGAGCGCCGGCCAGAUCGUCGCCAGCAGAGUCCUCAAGUACAACAGCAUGCCGACGGUUGUGCUGACCAGUCUCUACUGCGACCUCAUGAGCGACGCCAAGCUAUUCACGGCCCCGCUUGCUGAGAACGCCGACCGAAGCCGACGGUCCGUCGGCGCCGUGCUGUUGCUUGCGGGAGCCAUCGGUGGAGGUUUCUUGUCCAAGUCCUGGGUUGGCUUCGCCGGUGCUCUGUGGAUCGCCACGUUUCUCAAGACGUGCAUUGCGGUUGCCUGGUGUAUGUGGAGGCCCAAGGCGACAAAUGUUUAA